ACAUAAUCUCUCUGGUUCCAUGCUGCUUCAUGCUGCAUAUGCUCAAGCACAAUCAAACUCUUCAUCACUCAUACAUAUUUCUUCUUUCGCUCUUCCACAGCGAAGUCGGGAUGAAACAUUCGAUCUGUUUCUCUGACUGUUCAUCGCAUGUGGGCCCUGAUAUUCGGUGUAUGAACUGUUUGAAGGAACCUGCAUAAACUCUGCGAACUGAGGACACCUGUUGAGCUAUCCCAGUGACAUUUGACCUGUCACGGAUCCUGCGCAAAAAGUGUCAUCUUGCAGCGUCCGUCCACUGCUUACCCCGCAGGCCAUGAGCUGAACAUUAAUUAUAUUUUCUUGUAUUACCGCCCUAGACGCGCAGGAAAAAGACUGAUUGGACUUCAAUCGUUGCGAUGGCCUCUUAUCUGACCGAGUCCUCUCGUUGGGCUGCUCUGGAAGCACAUGAUCCCCUGGCCGACGGCAGCUUCGUGUAUUGCGUUAGGACGACGGGAAUAUAUUGUCGCCCGACAUGUGGUGCUCGACUCGCGCGCCGAGCAAACGUGGUCUUCCAAGACGACGCCUCUGCUGCACAAGAGGCCGGGUUUCGGGCCUGCAAGCGGUGCAAACCGGAUCUUGACAAGCACGACCCACAAGCUACCCUCGUGGCCAGAGCGCGGCACACAAUCGAGAAGAUCCAGGCUGAGAAGGGCUCCAUCCCGUCGCUUGCAAACCUGGCUGAAGAAGCCGGGUUGACGAAGAGCCACUUCCAUCGGGUCUUCAAGAAGAUUACAGGUGUCACACCACGGGUUUACGCCGAGGGCUUGGCGAAGGAUGGAAACGCUGAAUUGAAGUCGCCACGGUCGAUUGCUUCAGAAACACCAUCCCUUGGGUAUCUGGCGAGUAAAACCGCCAGUGAAGGCCCUGCGACGCCCGUGCUACAUCAGCUCCCAUCAGUCCCAGAAGGCCCAGCUGCCAAGGGCUCGGUAUCCAGCCACAUGUCGCCUAUUAGGCCUCAAUCCAGAGCUGUGGGUAUGAAUGAAACCGAUCUGAUCGAUGACCUCUACUCCGUGGCCUCGGGAUUGCCCAGCCGAGUGGCAGUGCCAAAGCCAAGGCCAAAGGAGAUCUUCUACACCAUCCAGCCCUGGAAAUCGAGCUUCGUCCUGAUAGCCACGAGCCCUAAUGGGAUGUGUUUAAUGGAUAUUGAGGAUUCGAGCGACGCUCUUUUGAACAUUUUAUCUACGCGGUUUCCGGACGCCCACUUGGCACUAUCGUCAUGGUCUCCCUCAAGGUCAUCUGUGGGCCCCAAGGGCCAUCAGAACUCCCAGGAGGCCAUCUUCGAGAAUAUUAUGAACGCUCUGGUUAAUCCUACGGGGAAAAUUUUAGACAUUCCUUUUGAUUUGCAUUGAUUUUUUUUUCACGGCAUCUGGAAUGUCGGACGCAAAAGGGGAAGGCUCUUAUAAGGGAGGUCUAAUAUGGGCACGGUUAUUUUGGCAGUUGAGCAGUUUCAGUUAGAAACUGCCACUGGUGGCUCAAGAUGUGAUAUGGGCAUGGCAAAUGUCGGUGGUGCAACAGCAGUUUAUUCCUAGAGUAGUAGAGCUGAGCUCUAUAGCAAACCAAACGCGAGACCCCUUGAUGUUGG